CUUCCUUAAAAAGAAUUUGGAUAGUGACGUUAUGAUUCAACCUCUCGAACUUCCUGUACUAACAAGAGAAAGCACCUGCUAUAAAUACGUAUCCGUUCUCGAUGAGCAGCUUUAACAUACAUGAGCUGAUCCUCUACAUUUUUCGUGCCCUUUUUGAAUCAGGAAACAAGCAGGCCGUUUGUUCGUGAGAUUUUCAAUGGUUAAAAUUUGGCCAGGGCAACUGGAAAACGAGUCCAGGAAGAUGCGUGGAAGGCCACUUUCGGGGAGAAUUAUGUUAGUCCUAUGCAUUGCGAGCUUCUUUGCCGGGUCGCUCUUUCCUAGCCAAACAUGGAAUCACCCUUCCCCGAGCAAUAGUAGGGAGCUGCUCGAGACUGCUAAUCAGAUGAGCAAGCUAGAGAUCGCAGCAAAAGAUUGUGAGCACAGACAUAAACUCGCUGAAGGAGGGGUCAUGGAAGAAGUCAGUAAAACUCAUCAAACUAUCAAGUCUCUCGACAAAACAAUCUCCAAACUGGAACAGGAGCUGGCAGUUGCCCGUACGAGCCAAUCCUAUGAGCUUGCUUUCGGUCAAAAGGAAUCUAAUCACAGUGUGUACAAGGCCUUUGUCGUCAUCGGAAUUAAUACAGCUUUUAGCAGCAGGAAACGGCGGGAUUCUCUCCGCAAAACAUGGAUGCCCAGAGGGGAGAAACUGAAGAAGUUGGAGAAAGAGAAGGGGAUAGUGAUCAGGUUCAUGAUUGGGCAUAGCGCAACAGAAGGGGGAGUACUGGACAAGGCGAUAGAUGCAGAGGAGGCCAUGUAUGGGGACUUUCUCAGGCUCGACCAUAUCGAGGGCUACCACCAGCUUUCCUCAAAAACUCGUAUCUACUUCUCAACUGCCUUCUCCAUUUGGGAUGCCGAGUUCUAUGUAAAGGUGGAUGACGAUAUCCAUUUGAACUUGGGUUCGCUAGUAAAUACUCUAGCUUCAUACCGAUCCAAGCCCAGGAUAUACAUCGGCUGUAUGAAAUCCGGGCCAGUUUUAACUCAGAAGGGAGUGAAGUAUCGUGAGCCGGAGUACUGGAAGUUCGGGGAAGAAGGGAACAAAUACUUCCGGCAUGCCUCUGGCCAACUCUAUGCCAUAUCCAGGGACCUUGCUGCCUAUAUUUCCGUCAACUCGCCGAUACUGCACAGGUACGCAAAUGAGGAUGUAUCCUUAGGAGCUUGGUUAAUCGGGUUGGAAGUCGAGCACGUCGACCAACACUUGAUGUGUUGCGGUACUCCUCCAGAUUGCACGCUGAAGGCAGAUACCGGAAAUGUGUGCGUGGCAUCUUAUGAUCAGUCGUGCAGUGGUAUCUGCAACUCCGUGGAACGGAUGCAGGCAAUCCACAGCUCUUGUGGGGAAGGAGACAGCGCACUUUGGAAUGUUGAUUUAUAAUUUUCGAACUUACUGAUGGAAGAUAUAUCCUUCUUAACAAGACGAGAAAACCGUGAUAGGAACUUGAAGUACCUUUUUUUUCCUUUUGUCUUGCAAUCUAUAUGCAUCAAGCUGAUGAAGUGAAUUUGUUCAAGCAUUUGAGCUUAUAUUUCUAUGUAUUACAUGGGUUUCGACCAAAUUAUUGAUUAUUUACAGAACAUGAUUUGCAGUGUCACAUGGAAAGCAAGGAAUGAGACUCCUCGAACGGGAUUAACUGAGAGUCUAGUUUCAGUUCAGCUCGACCGACC